AUGGCUUCCUCCACCCAUUCGCCUAACACGGCGUCGUCAACUCUGGGUGCCUCGGAAACUUCAGACAGCUCGUCAGGGUUCACUUCAAGUACUUUCGGCGGUAAUGCUCCAUCAACGGUACUUUUCUUUCUCGCCCUUGCAGUAGGGGUGUUUAUUGCGUUCUUAUUUGUGUUCUUCACCGUCCGCUACUUUGUCAGAUCCCACUUUGGGCUUCAUGUGUACCCACUCACACGGCGCCACAACAAUAUUCUCGUUGGUGGCACCACGCAAACUGCUUCACAUGUCGAACUCACCGACGAUGAACUCCAAGAACACAUCGAAUAUAUUCGGUCCCACCAUUUUAUCCGUGGAGAGAUCCUCGAAAGACGGUUACUUGGCCGAAACCGACGCAGACGGCGCCGUGGUGGCCGGUACUCGAGGAUGAAAAAGUUGACUGAACAGGAAGUGGAGAUUCUUUUUCCCAAGAAAACCUACCAUGACUGGCUCAACGGCGGUCAGGAAAGAGAUAGCGAGAUUCGGAACGGUGCACUCCAGGAAGAGGGCGAUUUGAUGAACCACAAAAUUGAAGACAUGAGUGAUGUAGACGAAAUCGAGAUCAAUGCUGCGGCAGAAACAACCUUACACGCAACCCAGACCCACACCUCCCAGUACUCGGACGCACGUACCACACCGUCGGGACCCACCGACGAAAUUGAAAUGCGCAAGUUGGACGCCCAGCUGUCGGCAUCUGGCUGUUCUGAUGAGGCUCAGGGACUCCAUUUUACCUCUGGAACCUGUGCUAUCUGUUUGGAAGUUCUUGAAAAUGACGAUAUUGUAAGAGGUCUCUUGUGUGGACAUGUGUACCACGCAGAGUGCUUAGAUCCUUGGCUCACAAAAAGAAGGGCAUGCUGUCCAACUUGUAAGCGAGAUUACUUUUUCAAGGCAGAGUCGGGAAUCACAUCGGGAAAUGCAACCGAAGCAGAAACCACGGCGAACGAGGGUACGAUUCGGAACAGCGCGGGCGCUGAGGGCCAUGGUGAACCAGGGACAGAUCUGCCUGCGCUGAGUCCAGAUGUAGCUACUAGUCCAACGACCGACCAUGCGGACACUAAUGAAGAUGAAGACUUCACUCUCGACCUUGACAUGCUAAGGAACGAUCCUACGUUAAGAGCAAUGAUACAGGAGUUGGUUCCCACCAGCGAACGAGUGCGACUCAUUCUUGCGGACUCGAGAAAUGCCCACUACAAUCUCGAGCAACGAGCCAAGGUUCUCGCCAAAAAGAAGUACGGCAAUUUCUUGAAGAAAUUCUUGUGGAGAAUUAUGGGAAUUUCGAGAGAGGAUCUCUACAACUGGGCGGUGAUAACCUUGUACCAUGAGUCUCGUGGAGUCGAACAGAGUGCGAACAUUUCCAGUGAAGUGCCCAACGAUAUACGACGCCCCGAGCCUGCGGCCCAGUCCGACGCCCAGCGAAACAAUGGACCCACAGAUACUAUUUAUAGUGAGAGAGACGUUGUGGAACAACGAGUAUAA